AUGUUCAGCAGGCUGAAGAAGUGGAUGGGGGCUCCGGAGCCCCCGCCUGCCAAAGACGCAACUCCACCUUCAGCCCCGGCACCACCGGCUAAGGCUGAGUUCACACAAGCUCCUGCACCCGCUCCAGCUCCAGCUCCUGCACCUGCACCUGCCCCAGCUCCUGCUGCUGCUGCUGCCCCAGCUCCUGCUGCUGCUCCAGCUCCUGCUGCAGGUGCUGCUCCUGCAGGUGCUGCUCCUGCCAAUCCAGAGGGGGCUGAAGGUGAAGAACCUCCUCCUCCUCCACCUGUCGUCUACUUCCGCUACACAGACGACACCCUCAGAGGGUUGGUCAAGAAGUUAAAAGAGCGCUCAGCCGAGCUGGCAGAGAAAGCCAUCGAUCCUUACGCCACGUCUCCAGAAAUCACCCCGCCAGUCACGCCGAUCCUGCAGAAGGACGACUACAUCAGACUGAAGGAGGAGGAGCGGAUAGCGAAAGAAGAGGCGGAUAAAAAGAAGGCCGAAGAAGCAGCCAAGAAGGCGGAGGAGAAGAAGAAGAAGGAUGAGGAGAAGAGGCUGGAGGCCGAGAAGAAAGCCGAGGAGGAGCGUCUGGCGGAGGAGGCCAGGAAGAAGGCGAAGAUCCUCCCGGACAUCUCCUGCUCCUGCUUCGACGUCCUCUUCCAUCCCAUCGAGGAGAAGAUGGAUUCCGUCUUAGGGAGCACCAUCGAUCCUUUUACAGAUCGUCGCUACAUCUCCUGGCUGACGGUGGUCGCGGUGGCGUACAACUACAACGUCUGGUUCUGCUCCGCCCGGCUGGCCUUCCCCUACCACAACGAGGCCGCCAACUCGGCGUGGAUAAUCUGCGACGUUCUCAGCGACCUCGUGAACGUGAUCGACAUCGUCCUUUGGCAGCCUCGGCUUCAGUUCGUCAAAGCCGGAGACAUCAUAAAAGACCGAGCCAUGACCAAGGUGCAUUACCGCAAGUCACAGAGGUUCAAGAUGGAUAUCUUCACCAUCCUCCCCUUCGACCUGCUCUGUCUGCACUUUAACUUCUCCUCCAUCUACCGACUCAACCGCUUCGCCAGGGUCCAUGCCUUCUUCGAGUUCAGCGAUCGACUCGAGAGCGUCAUGGCCAAAGCUUACAUCUGGAGAGUCGCGCGCACCACCGGCUACCUGCUCUACAUGCUCCACCUCAACGCCUGCGCCUACUACGUGGCCUCAGUCUACCAGGGUCUCGCGUCGACCACGUGGGUGUACGACGGAGAGGGCACAGCAUACCUGCGGUGUUACUACUUUGCGGUGCGCAGUCUGAUCAACAUCGGGGGUCUUCCGGAGCCUGUUACCACCUUUGAGAUCUUGUUUCAGAUGACAAACUUCUUCAUCGGCGUCUUCGUGUUCUCCAGUUUGAUCGGACAGAUGAGAGACGUCAUCGGAGCAGCGACGGCAGGUCAGACGUAUUUCCGGGCUUCGAUGGAUGGAUGUGUUGAAUACAUGAACACCUACACCAUCCCCAAGAUGGUCCAGAACAGGGUCCGGACGUGGUACAACUACACCUGGGCCGCUCAGGGCAUGCUGGAUGAGUCGGAGCUCUUGGACAAGAUGCCUCUGGUGAUGAAAACCGCCAUCGCAGUGGACAUCAACCUGGCCACCUUCCAGAAGAUCGCACUGUUUCAGGGCUGUGACCAGCAGAUGCUGGUGGACAUGUUGCUGAGGCUCAAGUCCAUCAUUUAUCUACCCGGAGACUUUGUGGUGAAGAAGGGCGACAUCGGUAAAGAGAUGUACAUCAUUAAGAGUGGAGCGGUGCAGGUGGUGGGAGGACCCGACAACAGCAUCGUGUUCGUCACGCUGAAGGCUGGAUGUGUGUUCGGAGAAAUCAGUUUACUACAAUCUGCUAAAGAUGGAGGAAACAGACGCACGGCUAACGUGAAAGCACACGGCUUCGCUAACCUCUCCGUCCUGGAAAAGAAAGAUCUGUUCGACAUCCUCGUCCACUACCCAGAGUCUCAGAAGGUUCUGGCCAGGAAGGGCAGGAAACUGACCAAAGCCAAAGCUCCUGCAGGUGCUAAAACCAACGAGGAGAAGCCCAAAGGCAUGGCUCUGUUUGGACAAAAACCACCGACGCCCAAGUUCCUCAAAGCUUUUGGCAAUUUCCGCAAAGGAGGAGUCGUGGAUAAACUCAAGGUAGAGUUCGGAGUCAAGUUUGAUGAGUGA